AAGAAAUCGAAAACUAUAUGCAGCGAACUCAACAUCUUCACCUUUUAUUAUACUCUGAAACUCGAUUGAAAUCGCACACGAAUCGUUUGUACGCUCUGUGAACAGUAUACGGUGGAUUAUGUCUGGUGUAAUGCUGUACAGAAAAAUAGAGUGAAAAGUUUCGCGCAUGCAAAUUCGGUGAUAAGUAAUUUCAAUAACUAUUUUAACCUGGAAAAACUAUUCUUAAUUUGGUUGUGCCCGUUCUCAAAAAAAAAACAAUUAUUUUAUCAAUUUACCACGCAUGGAAUAAACGGAUUGUCCGAUGAAUAAUUUUCCAAUCAAAUUUUUCUAUCUGAUAAAUAGUAAAUGUGAAUGCUAUCGCACACAAUUUGCGAUUUGAGUGGUUUUUACUAAAAUGGAAGAGCAGCAGCAUUUAGCUGAAGAAUGUGUAGCUCAAUUUGAGCUCGGUUAUCUCGAAAGCAACGCGGUCAAACGUGAAGAUCCUAGUCCGCCAUCAACAAUUAAAAUUAUAAGUGCAUACGAAUCAGACAAUCGUUUACGCAGUGCUAUGACACCACCGCCAUGGCAUACGCCAUCAUCAGAAAUGUAUCCGGACGGACCGAUGGCCGGGCAAGCCGUGCUCGUAAAUCCUCCAAUACCUUGUAUCCCAUCGACACCGCCCGAAACGCCACCGGUCAUUGGAUCACCGAAUCCGCAAUGCAAUUCUCAUUACGGUCCUCAUUUCUCCAACCAUCGCCAACAUCACGGUCUGGACGAUAUGAUUUGGAUGCGAAAUGAAACACCAUUGGAUUUAAGACCAUCAAACUACUCGAAUGCUCAGGAUGAAUGGGAUCGUCGUGAAUAUAAUAUGCAAACGGCAGCCGGUCCCCACUUUCAACUACAAUCGCACCAUUUGAACCAUUUGGAGCAUUUAACGCCGCUGAGCACACAUUCAUUGUAUCAUCAUUCCCAACACAGUAGACCAUUAUCAGUAAGCUCGACUCGAUCGUCGAAUAAUUCGCCACGCGGUCAAUAUAAUUCGUGUAACUCAAUAAGUAGUGGUGGAUCGGACAAAAUUGGUGACGACAUGCUCAUCACUUUGACCGUUCGAGAAUUAAACAAAAAGUUACAUGGAUGUCCUAGGGAGGAAAUCGUUCGCUUAAAGCAGAAACGGCGUACGCUGAAAAAUCGAGGUUACGCCCAAAACUGCCGCUCCAAACGAUUGCAACAGCGACAGGAUCUCGAAAAGACUAACCACCACUUACGGAACGAAAUCAAUCGCAUGAAAAGCGAAUUGAAUCGCGUCACCAUGGAACGCGACCAGCUAAAGCAACGACUCCAACGCGUACCACACUCAGCUGCCCAAUCGCAGAAUUUACAUUCGGACGGUCAGAGUUCACCGGAAUUCUAUCUAUGACGCCAGCUUGGAGCACAUGCUCCACGGCAAUCGACACAGUGGAGUCGAUAUUGAAGACGAACGAAAAAAGUGCACUCUCCGAAAUCGCCCCAACCAAAAUAGAUUUUGGAUUUUUGUUUGCGAAAAUGAGUCCUCUGAUGAUUGUACGGCGAAUUUUGCGAAUUGUUUCUCCAUUCCUAUCCCCUAAUCAAUGAAAUUAUGAACUGUAUUCGAAAGUCAUAUACACAAAGUCAGAUUGUUUCUAAAAAAAAAAAGUGUGACGAUCAUGGGAAAAUGGAAAAAUUGAAAAAAAAAAAUGAA